CCUACCUUGAUCAUUUUAGGUAUACAGGCAUUUACCUACACCAGUGAAAUCGCAGAAAGUUCCAAUUUGCUGCAUAAAGCAAAUAAGUUUAGAAGGUUUUCUCUUCAAAAUGAACAUGUUUCAAUCAAUCCUGGACACAAUACCCAAGACGCGUUCGCAGCUGGUCAAUGACUUGGACAUACCGGAGGACGUGACCCUGCAACCGUACAUAUGGAGUGAACCCGAUGAAGAUAUCUCUGACAGCAUUGCUUCAGUCAGCAUUGAGGACUUGGAGGUUAAAACGCCCAGCUCAGACUCGAGUCUUGCGCUGUCGAGGGCCAUGACCGAUUCGGAAAUUGAUUAUAACAGGUAUAGGAUGCUCAAAAACAGAAGCUUCAGCGACCCGUGGGUUCAGAUGAAAGUAGCUUUAGACACCUUCCCGCCGGGCUAUCUCGACUCCUUGAAGAGUUUUCAAGGCACUUCCUCUGAAAGCUCUGAGUCCAGUUGGGAGCGGGGCCGAUACCACGAGGAGUUGAAGUUGAAGAUGCAGAGGUUCUUUGAUGAAGAGUGCAGGGUGUUCUCGCCCGACGACCCUGGUCUGAUUGCAUUGGAAGAAGCUCUACAGGAUGUCGAGUUAAAGAGUACUGACUCAGAUAGCAACGGUCUUUGAACAUUUGAAGCAAGUCGAGGGCUGCGAGUAAUCUUCGAUAUAAAGGCUUCGCUUCCGAGCAGAGUUACUUGCUUGUCUUUGUAAGCCCUCAUUCGCACAAGAGUUUUUUUAACGGAUGUUAAAAAAAGUUCAAAAUCAAAUACAGCAAAUGCAUUCCCAAGUAUAUGUUCACACGACAGUGAUUUAUAAACACAACGUUUUUUUUCGAGCAGUGUUGCAUUUUCAAUUGUUGAAAAGAGACGUUCACUUUACUUCAUACUAUAUUUGAACGCUUUUUUACCGUCCGUUAAAAAAACUCUCGUGCGAAUGAGAGCUUAGUCGGCAAAAAACCGCCCAGCCCCUGUAGCCGAGUGGCACGUCGAUUCUCUUUCUACGAUCGCAAACGCUUCGAAAGCUAGAAAAAUGUAUGGGAAUGACAGAUCUUGAUCACGUGACCUGUCGAUAGCAAAUGUCAUUCCCAUACAUCUUGAUCGUAGAAAGAGAAUCGACGUGUUACUUGGCUAGGGGGCAGGGUAGAAUACAGUCAAGCAUAAUCCGAACUCUCGCGUGACAGUCCACAUUAUUAAGUUGAGUUGUUUGGUUUGUUGAAUGUCACAAUGUAAAACAAAUGAUUUAACAUAGGUACCUAUCACCUUUAGUAGCUACUUAUUUUUUUCAUUACUUACUCUACAAAAUUAAUGUCAUUUGUCAAUCAAUUGUAUCUGUUAAUUAUAUUGUAAGCGUAUUGAAAUAAAUAAUUAAAAAAAACAUGGAUUUAAUUUGCCGUGGAAGGUAAUUUUUUUGGAAGAAUGAAAAAGCUGCAUAUACUUUUAGCAGCACAGAUUAUAUUAUAUAUAUUAAUAUAUGAUUAUAUAUUAGUGGUAUAGUAAUAGCACAGAAUACAAGGUACCUAAUAGAUAAUAAUGACCAAUGUUAUCUAUAAACCACUUAUUAGCACUCCAGAUAGAUUUGUAAUAAAAUUAGGAAACAUUUGAAAAGUUCUAUUUUUUUUUUUAAAUAAUCAAACCU